CAUAGAGAUGAAUUUAAUAUUAAAGUUCUUCAGGCUUUUGUUGAACUCCAUGAGUUCGCUGAUCUCAAUCUUGUACAAGCCUUAAGGCAGUUUCUGUGGAGCUUCAGACUCCCAGGAGAGGCUCAAAAAAUUGAUCGUAUGAUGGAAGCUUUUGCUUCACGCUAUUGCCUUUGUAACCCAGGAGUCUUCCAGUCUACAGAUACAUGCUAUGUGCUUUCAUUUGCGAUCAUCAUGUUGAAUACCAGUCUGCACAACCACAAUGUAAGAGAUAAACCAACAGUAGAGAGGUUUAUUUCUAUGAAUCGUGGAAUUAAUGAAGGUGGAGACCUUCCAGAAGAAUUACUACGGAAUUUAUAUGAAAGUAUUAAGAAUGAGCCAUUUAAAAUUCCAGAGGAUGAUGGAAAUGAUCUAACGCAUACGUUUUUCAAUCCAGAUAGAGAAGGUUGGCUGCUGAAACUAGGGGGAAGAGUAAAAACAUGGAAACGAAGAUGGUUUAUCCUGACUGAUAAUUGCCUGUAUUACUUUGAAUACACGACAGACAAAGAACCAAGAGGAAUUAUUCCAUUAGAAAAUCUUAGCAUAAGAGAAGUUGAAGACCCUAGAAAACCAAACUGCUUUGAGCUCUACAACCCCAGUCAUAAAGGUCAAGUAAUUAAAGCGUGUAAAACUGAAGCUGAUGGUAGAGUGGUGGAAGGCAACCAUGUAGUGUAUAGAAUAUCUGCUCCCACCCCAGAGGAAAAGGAAGAGUGGAUUAAAUCUAUCAAAGCAAGUAUCAGCAGGGAUCCCUUUUAUGAUAUGCUGGCAACAAGGAAACGAAGAAUUGCAAAUAAGAAAUAG